UUCGUAUAAACAUAUCCCACACAAUCCUUCUCCAAAGUUUUUCCACAAUUUGUCCAGACAUGCAUUUCACCACCACGUUUUCGAAGUUUUCACUCCUCGUCGUAUUCGCACUUCAUUUAACGUCGGGCCAGCUUCUAACAGUAGAAUACUCCAGCGUCACCCUUCCCUUUCCAGAAUCCUCAGUCCGCACCUUUUACUCCACAGGCGACAAAAUCUACCUGCUUGGCGGCGAUUUCGAAAUGUCUUCGGGAAUUUGGUCGUUUUCAAUUUCCUCGGAUACAGUCGAAUACGUGACCGCCAUGCCGGGUCGAGGAUCCCGAGGUACCGUCCAGUCCGAUACGGCGGGAAAUAUUUAUUACCUCGGGGGUGGUAAUAUCGGCACUUCUAACCAAGUUUAUAAAUUCGACCCAACCACAAAUGAGUGCACACUUGUAGCCACAUUGCCAUUGGAUGUGCAAGACUGUGUCGCCAUAAAGUACAACGAGACCUCCGACACGGUCCACAUUUUCGGCGGGGAUGGCCAAUUCAUCGACAUCCUGACCUUUGACCUACUCCAAUUUAACACAACGUCACAAGUGGACGUCCUACCUGUUAUUGUUAACCAGGGGACAGGGGUUCGAGUGGGGAAUAAGGCGUACAUCUUUUCAGAGGGACAGGUCGAAAAUACGGCCGUGUUGGAGUUGGACCUCGACAUUUUAAGGAUGAUGGCCGUCGGGCCGGCCAACCUGCCGAGCAUCACGUUGUUCCCAUCGUCCGUGUAUGAUGGCAGGCAUGUUUACCUUAUCGGGGGAUAUGCUCCCUCAAAUAUGACGACCCCGAUCGAUGGACUAAUUCAAUUUGAUCCGGUCUCCUUUAAUAAUGAGUUCAUCCCUGUGGCCAACUUUCCCGUGGAGGGGGCAAGUUACUUCCGGGUUUCGCCGGCGACCGUGUAUGUUCCGGAUUUGAACAGGAUUUAUUUUUUUGGAGGAUCAUCGUUCAACUAUACGACGGACGAGUUUAAAAUUCAUGACGAGAUUUUCUACAUUGACCUCGACCCACUUACUCCAACUUCCAGAAGUACGGACGACUUUGGUUGUGAGGGACGGAUGGAUGGAUUAUACCCCCAUCCGACCAAUUGUGGAAUGUAUGUUGCAUGCCGAAAUCAUGAACAGAUUGUGUUUAACUGUGAGCCAGAUCGACAAUUUGAUCCGAUUACGAAAACCUGCAAGUUCGGAACUCCAUGUGUUUAAUAAUAUGACACCAUCAAUUGAAUUAGGCAUGUUAGAAGAACAUCUAUUUAACCUUAUUGAUUGCAUUUCUGCUUUGUAAUCAAGUAAGUGUAUUCAUUCACUUAUGACAUUGUCAGAAAUAAAUUAAGGUGUUAAUUUCACUCUUUCUAAUUACUUGUACAUACG